CGAAAAAUUGCAACCGCUUGAUUUAUCUCAUUCGUUCUUUCGUCAAAAAAAUUGUUCAAAAGUAAGAGAAAACACAGAAAUUUAAAAUGUGUAUUGUUUGAUGGUUUGGUAAUAAAUUUGAUGGAUUUAUUUGAACAAUGCGGGCAUUGGAAUAAUAUGAAUUUUAUUUUUUUGCUGUGAAUCAAAUCACCGGCUCGAAACUUCAGAGGUGAGAGGAGACAAAAAAUGUAAACACACGGAUAGAAUGAUGUGCUCGUUAGAAUUUCAGUCGAACGAGUUGUUGUGGUAUUUUGCGACCGUUUUUAGCGUUUUUGAUUAAUUAAUUAGUUAUCCGAGAUAGUGAGAACGUUUUUAAUGUGGAGUGUUAAUUGAUGGACGAUGGAUUCCUGUAAAAAUCACUCGAACAAAUCGAAAACGAACAGGAGGCGGAGGAAUUCUGUGCUAUUCCAUGGUUCAGGGAAUGAAGGUGUAAUUUCGAUGAGAGAAUUCGGUGAGAAUUCUGAAGUGAAGCUGAAAGGGUUCCAGAAUGCUGAAUGUUCUUUGAAGCGCCAACAGAGAAGAAAAGCAUUGGGUGAUGUUAAUCGUUUGUCAGUGGCUGGUCCAGUGAUGACGAUCGAUUGUUCAUCGAAAUUGAUUAAUCGACCUAGACUCGUCGAAAAAAUUCAAGCACAGGAGAAGAACGUGAAUUUUUUCGCCAAGCCCAAGAAAGAUUUUUCAAAAAAUCGGAAGAGUCCAGAGAAACUUAAAAUGCUGAAGGCACCACCUGCCAGACAUUUGUACGGUCUUCUAAGUCAAACCACGAGAUCUCAUGAAGCCUCCAUAACUUCCCUGUGGCAUACGUGGGAGGAAAUUGAAAUUACUGGAGAUGAUUCCGAUGAUUGCAUCGAAAUUCUCGACGAAAAUUUCUCCGCAGAUGAAUCGAGCUGUUCCAUUCCGGAGAUCAACAACAAUCAAAUUAAAAUGCCAAAACUGAAGAGACAAAUACUGGAACAACGGAUAAUUCCAGCUUACUCGCGAGAGAUUCUCAAUGAAUGGAAAAAUGCCGGCUUUAAGGGACCGGAGAUCAAAGAGGAGAAAAUCUACUGGCAAAAGGACUUCAAUAUUCAAAAUUUCUUGAAGAGGAGUUACAAUCCUUACCUCCAUUUUCUCAGUGAACAUCGACAGUGCUUUCCCAGUGAAACAGCUGUCAAUUUCCUCAGCAACUGUUUUAAAAACAUUAAAAAGGCGAAAAUUGAGGAAACCUAUGAAAUAGCGAAGUAUAAUAUGAGCAGAGCAGCUAGAGUUCUGAGACUGUCGAAAUCCUCUCGGGGAAAACGCAGGCAAAAUCGUCCCAUUGAGCCUGAAAAUAUAACUCAAUACCAAGAAAUGGAAUUCAUCCGAUAUUUCUGCAAACUGCCGUAAACAUAUAAUACCAAGAUUAUUAUUAUUUUAAAUUACUUCAUACGUUAGAAAUAAACCAGAGUAAUAUACGUCAGAAGAAAAAUACAGUCCCGAUAAUUCGAUCGGUGACAAAAUUUUUUUUACAUUUCUAACAAAAUAGGUCGAUUUACAUUUUUCAAAGUCAAAAUAAAAAUUAAAGAAAAUCCAGCAUAUUUAUUUCACUCGAAACUUUCGUAUUCGCAAUGUUCUUUUUGCUCUGUAUUGAUUAAUAUUUAAUUUAUGUAAUAAAUGCAA